AUGACGGGCCCGUACGUCCGCGCUUUAUUGGCGCUGCUAGCGGCGGCGUUGCUUGCUGCGGCACCGACAGCGAGCGCCGCAACGGCACAAUUUAGCGGCCGAAGGCUCCAUCAGGCUACGGCGGUGGCUACUUCCCGCGCGGAGGCGGCGCCCGGCGGCACGGCAGAGUCCAACGUCAAAUCCACCGCCAUAUCCACGGGUGGUCAGCCUGCUACUGCCGUGGGUCAGGGCGCCUCCGUGGCCGCAGCAGGCCAGACAGUUCGCAGUGAGUGCGACGUGUACGCCAAAGACACGGAGCAGUACAAGGUGUGUAUUGGUACUCCGGAGGGGCAGAAGACCAACAUCUCCGCGAACGCCACCGCGGCCGCUGCACGUGGUGUGGUUUCUUGGGAGGCUGCGCCCACUUGCAGCGCCAACGUCAGCUCCAACUCCGUUGACUCGCUGGGCCGGCUCUGGGGCUUCGAGAAUGGCGUCAGCUGCGCGCUGAGCAACCUAUUAAUCCACCAAGCCAUACGUCGCAUACUCCUCAGUCGCGCGCUAACUCACUCUCUUUACCUACACACACGCGCACACAAAAACACAUUCGUGUACGCAACAGGAAUGCCGACGGCACUGCUGUCUACGCCCCGGGCCGCGGCCGCACCUCGAGUGGCGGUGCGGGCACCACCAAGUCCGUAUACGGAAGAGAAGGCGUACAACAUGACGCAAGAAAGUAAGCGUAUGAUACAAUCGACUGCAGAAAAAGGAGCUCAGUUCCUUGUAAAGGGCAUCGUGCAUACAGGAAAUCCGUCAAGAAAGCUGGCUAAGCGCCUGGAGGCAUUAGAGCAGGGCUUACAGGAGCUGGCGGACACUUCCCGACCCGCGGGUCUGUUUUGGAGCCAGGAGGACGAUGAGCAAAUCCGUGCGGCUGUAGAACGGCUACGACAGGACGUAAUCAACAUGCAGGCGGGGGUGUCGGAGGCGCAGGUCGCUGCCGCCAUCAACCCCCUCCACAAUGCCCUGGCGGCCGCUACGGAGCGCCUGGAGUCCCUUGCGGCCUCCAAACAGGACAUCACCACCGCCAUCCGGCAGGCGGAUGUGGAGCUGGGCGUGGCGCGAGCUAUUGAACACGCGGACAGGCGGGGGGACAAUUUGCUCAAGGCGAUUGCGGGUUUGGAGUCGCGUCUCGAGUCCCUGGCAGACUCCACCCCCAAUAGGGGCGAGGUGGUGCUGACAUCCGACCUGGAGGCGCUGCUCACAGAGCACGCCCACGAGUUGGACCUGCACUUGGAGCGGCUGAAGGGGGAGAUGCUGGCGGGCAUUGGGUCCAAGGUGGACCGCGAGGAGCUGGCGGGUGUGGACGGUCGGCUGUGUGGGCGAGUGGAGGGGCUGGAGGCGGCGCUGCUCAAGGGCCUGCGGGCGAUCAGUGACAAGGUGUCGGCGGCGCUGGGGGAGAAACUGGACCUGCUCAAGUUUAAUGAGUUCAAGUUGCAGGUACGUGCCAUCCUCGCUGACGUGGAGGACCGUCUCCGCGACUGGAGCCCUCUGGCCUUCGGCACCAAGUCCCAGCUGGCCACCGACCACCUCACUGCGGGCACCGCCGGGGCCCCCUCCUGCCUGUGCUGCGACUCCCGGGUUCGGUCCGUACGGGACCUGCGGGCGAUGGGCUUCCGCGAGGACGACCGGAUGUUCACUCCGGACAAGUUACCGCUGACGGACCCGUUGCUGCCCUCGAUACAGGGAAACCGGGCCGCCAGCCUCGGCGCCCACAUCAACGCCCGCCUCACCAACCGCAUCGCGACUGCCGACGCGAAGCUCCGGAGCACCAACAGUCUCAUGGAGAUACUGCCUUCGGGGCCCAUCGGCAGCAGCGGUGGCGGCGGCGGCGGCGCCCCCGGCAGCCCUGGUACUGCACCUGGCACCGCGUCUAGCGCUGGCGGCCUGGCGGCGGCGGUGGACGCGGGUGGCUUUGCGUCGCUGCCGCCACAGCAAACCCGGGAGGAGCGUCUCGCCUCCGCCGGCGCUGCUCGUACGGCAUCCGCCCGGGGUAUCAGGGUCAAGGUGGAGACCGUGUCGGGGGGAAUCAUGAAAGGGCAGUUGCCGUCACGGCAAGGCACUGCGAGUGGUGGCGGCGGCGGCGGCGGCGGCGGCGGAGGAGGAGGAGGAGGAGUCCACACGCCAGGUAGUAGCGGCGUGGCGGUGUCGGGGGGAAUAGCGCCUCCGCGUGCGCCGCGGACACCGGUGGCGGCGGCGUCGACGGCGACUGGGUUGCCGCAGCAGCACCACCAACACCAUCAUCACAACCAACAUCAUCAUCAUCAUCACAACCAACACCAUCAUCACAGCCAUCAUUUGGCGGCGUCGGCCGGCGCUGGCAUGAUGGCGGCGGCUGCCGCCGCUGGCGCGGCGGCGGUGGCCGCGGCCGUACAAGGCCACGACGUCGCCGCACUGCGGCCCAUGUCACCAUGGCGUUCGGACUCCCCGGGUCCGGACCUUAGCCUGGAGACAGGGCAGAUGGCGCUCGGCGGGGGCGGCAACGGCCUUUGA